CUCCGGCAGUUGCUAGCAGCCCCAGCAGGAGAUGGAAGAUGGAAGAGGUCAUUGCGGGGCUGGAGCGGUUCACCUUCACCUUGGAGAAGGACGUAGAGAUGCAAAAGGGCAUUGAACCCCUGCCUUUCCAGGGCAUGGACAAGUCGAGCUCAGCUGUGUGCAACUUCUACGCUAAGGGGCUGUGUGAGAAAGGGAGGCUGUGCCCGUUCCGGCACGACCACGGGGAGAAGACGGUGGUGUGCAAGCACUGGCUCCGCGGGCUGUGCAAGAAGGGCGACCAGUGCCGGUUCCUGCACCAGUACGACCUCUCCAGGAUGCCCGAGUGCUACUUCUUCUCCAAGUUCGGUGAGUGCAGCAACAAGGAAUGCUACUUUCUUCACAUGAAGACAGCUUCCGAGGCCCAGGCCUGUCCUUCGUACGACCAGGGUUUCUGCAAAGACGGUCCCCUGUGUAAAUCCCGCCACGUCAAGAGGGUCAUGUGCACGAACUACUUCGUUGGCUUCUGCCCGCUGGGACCCGAGUGCCAGUACGCACACCCCAAGAUGGUCCCUUUAUUCAACCCAACGCCCCGAGGUGAGUGCGGGCAGCAAGGGCUGUGUCUCACGCCGGUUCCUCACUGGGCCCGGGGACCUUGAGUCCCCAGCACUGCCUGUCCCCACUGCCCUCGCUCACGCCAUCCGCCGUCUCCCCGUCCUGGGGAAGGCACACACCUCUGCAUGGGUGGCACAUACGUGUGGCGGUUCCUCCCAGGCCCCUCCAGCUCUGUAACCUCUGCUUCAGGUGGGACUGGUCAGCUCUCAGCCCUGAGGCCUCCCCUCCCCCUUCCCCUUCGCUCCUCACACGGGCGUGGUGUUAAAGAGCAGGGGCCAGUCACUGUGCUUCAGGCCCUGGUGGCGUGGGGUCCCUGUGGGAACAGCACUUCCUAUGGACGCCAGGUGCAGUUGACGGCCUCCAGGAGGGUCAGUAAACCAUGGCCCGCGGGCCAAGUCUGCUCCCCCUCCCCUUCCUGGUUUUUGGGCAGCCUGGACCGAGGAAUGAUUGCUGCUGAGCUCCUGUUCACUAGCUGGCCAGGCUGGGAUGGCAAUGGGCGGGAGGAGGGCGCCCCCUGCUGGUUCUGAGUGGCAUCUCCCCUAGAAAAUGGGGAAUUCAUAAGCCCAUUUCUAACUUUGGUCAAAUGUUGUGUUUUCAGCAGUGAGAAUGGUAAAUAAAGGCAUUUCAAAGCCUGGCUUCUGCCUGAACGCCUGGCCGGGGCUGCACCCUCGGGGAGAAGGGGCUGCGUGUGCACAGAGGAAUGUCUGCAGGAGCUCUUUGUUCCGUACUCUCCUGCGUCCCCUGUAUCUGCAGCUCACCUGGCUGUGGGGCUCAGCCCCUCCUGCUUCUAUCCGGCCACCUCGAAAGCCCCCUUUCCGAAUGGGGUGCCUGCUUCUCCCCCUUCCGAUGGCACCUCAGGAGCAGCUGCUCUCCUACUGCCUGGG